AUUGUGACAACACACGUGUUCUAACCUCACUUUUAUCGUAUCCCGCUGUCCUCCACGCUUUUUUUUAAAGUGUUGUGUUGUGUUUAAAUUAAAUAACUUCCAUCUUAUAAUUACAAAAUAAAUUUAUCGAUAUGUCUUGGGGACGCGGCGGUGGUGGAAGAGGUCGAGGAGGCGGUGGGGGCCGCGGGGGUGGAGGAUUCCGCGGUGGCAAUCGAAACAGUUUCGGAGGUGGUCGAAAUUUUGAUCAAGGUCCCCCAGAAACCGUAAUCCCUCUAGGUUAUUUUGAUUACCCCGUACAAGACGAUCUCGUUUGUAAAGUUGAGAUCGAAGACGUUCCCUUUUUUAAUGCGCCGAUUUAUUUGGAAAAUAAGGAACAAAUUGGAAAAGUCGAUGAGAUAUUCGGGAAUAUUAGGGAUUAUUAUGUCAGCAUUCGAUUGGGGGAUAACAUGAACGCGAAAAGUUUUAAAAAGAAUCAAAAACUUUAUAUAGAUCCUGCUAAAUUAUUACCGUUACAAAGGUUUCUUCCAAAAGCACCGGGGAGUGUUCAAAAGAAACGAGGAGGAGGUGGACGCGGGGGUGGGGGUGGUGGUAGAGGAGGAUUUGGAGGUCGAGGCGGAGGGAGAGGGGGAUUUGGGGGGAGAGGUGGAUUUGGUGGGCGAGGAGGAGGUGGAGGACGUGGUGGUGGAUUUAGUAGGGGUGGAAGGGGAUCUGGAGGGUUCGGGGGACGCGGGGGUGGAUUUAAUAGGGGUGGGAGAGGGUUUGGAGGUAGAUAAGUUUUUUAAUGUUACUUUAAAAACAAAUAGAGAAUAUUUAAUAGGUUUAAGAGUCUUUUGUAACAUAAAUUUGAAAUAAAAAUUUUGAUUUA